CGCAGCCAGCACGCGGUCUCCACGGUAACCGCGGUGCAGUUUCUCGGCUCGACCUCGUCUAGAAUGUGAACCUGCAGCCGCUUGCUCCGCAUCCACAGCGGCCGCACGACAGCGGCAGAAGAAGUAGAAGAAGAAGAUGUUCUCGGACGCGUCGAACGAGGCUGCCGCUAGCUGCACCUCCUCGUCCUGGCAGCAGCAGCGGCAGGGGCAGGGCCCUCAGGCCCGGGCCGACGCGGCCGUCCAGAGCGAGCCGCCGCAGAGGCGCGACGCCGCGAGCCGGGCGAGGCGCUGCGUUACUCGCGGCUCGCAGACGGACGCGAGCCCCCCCGAGGCGGCCUCGCGGGGUCCCGGGCGCGGCGACGAGGACGAGGAGGAGGGCCUCCUGGCGUUCCUGCUCGCAGUCGAACCCCUCCUGAGCGGCCUGCUCCGCAUGAACGCCGCGAGCCAAGCGUUUGACGGCCACGACGUGGACUGGACGGAGCGCGGAGUGGAGAUGUCCUGCUUGCAUGAGCUGAGCUACGGAGAGGCAAAGACCCGAGGGCUGGCUGCGACUGCCGUCAGUUGGAGCUGCACAGGAGCCAUGAUUGGUGUGGCCUUUGGACGACUGAAUGACGGAGAUUGGACUGUGGAGAACUCGAUGAUCUGCUUGUGGAAUGUGUGCCGGAGAGGGCUGAUCCCAGACGUGCCUGAUCGCACAUUGGAUGUUCCAGGCUGCCUGCUGUGCCUCACCUUCCACCCCACAUGGCCAGCGGUCAUUGCGGGUGGUGCAAGCAGCGGAGAGGUGUUUGUGUGGGACACAUCGCAGGAGGAAGAUCCACUCCUGGCCCAUAGUGGCGUAAAUGCCACUACACACCAGCAGCCUGUGACCCAGGUGCAGUGGGUCCAUUCUCCAGGUCAGAGCCGGGUGCUGUUGCUCAUGUCGGCUGGGUUGGAUGGGUGCGUGAUGACGUGGAGAGUGGAGCUGAGCACAAGGAAAAUCACCCCAAACAACAGGGUUGUGCUCCUAGCAAAGCAUCUUCCCGGCACCUCCAACCUCAGCAAAGUACAGAGUGAGCUGCCUCUGGGCAUCACGGCAUUCUCACUCUCGGAGGAUUCAUCCAUGUGCGUGGCUGGGCUGGAGGGCGGGCAGGUGGUCAGGUGUCCCCUGGAUCCUCUCGAGCAACCAACUCGAAAAGACCAGCCGCCUUUAAACACGAAGAGCCCAGCCUUGUUCCCCUUCGUGAAGCACCAAGGACCGGUGUACGCUGUUAACUUCUCUCCUUUCAACAGGAACGCGUUUCUGAGCGGCGGCAUAGACGGGCAGGUGCGCGUGUUCUCAGCGCUGCUUCACGACCCCGUUCUCGUGGUGCGCGCCGCAACCUCCUACGUCCUGGCCGCUGCCUGGUCGCCCGCGCGGCCCCUGGUGCUCGCCGCAUCAACUGCAGAAGGUGAACUACUGUUAUUUGACCUGGCCAUUAAGGACAGUGGUCCCGUACACUGCAUACAAGCAAGUCCAAGUUUGAGUCCAGUCUCCUGCCUCGCCUUCAACCCAAAGCAACCGGGACUGUUGGCAGUGGGUUUACAGUCUGGAGCAGCGCGUGUCUGGACCCUGCCUCCGGAGUUAAUUGUCCCCGGAGUUCACGAGACGGAUCGUCUUAAGCAGUUGGUCAGUGCAACUAGCGACUAAAGUGUUCAGACUAAAGCCGAACUAGAUUUAACGUACACGAUGCACUUGGACAACGUCUCUUAUUGUCAACUUGGAACAUGGACCGUUAUCUUGCCGUUGAAAAUGUUCAAAUAAAUGGCGCACGAAUUGAAAAGUCUUGAGACACACUUGGGAGGCUGAGCACUCACGAAUUGCCAACACAUGACCCAUCAACAUCACAAAAGAGAAAACAGAAGCACGCAAACAUAACCAGUCAAGUAAACAGAUUUUAUUUGUAUACAGAAAACCAGGCUUCAACUUCAGUAGCAACAUAGGAGCAUACGCGAUUUCAUCCGUGCGUUUUGAGGUAUCGCGAUGUUGUCGUUUUCACCAUGACCGUUUCAAAAGCCAGUCGUCAACCCCUACGGUACGAAUCACUUCCUGACGCUGAAAAUACGCCGGAGAGCUUCCUCACAAAUUACAGUGCCUCCGCUGAAAAACACCCAAUUAAAAAUCACGCGAGCAACAGCACAACGCGUUGAUAUGCGUGGCAACGCGACCCAUUGGUGGAAAACUGUUUAAAGAAAAAAAACAAUAGUUGACCAGCAGAUAUUUGUGUACAUUCACGAUUGUAAUUGCCAGCUCAGGAAUAAGUAGUAAGCCUGUUGUACCAACUUUUCUGAAAUAUGCUAAGGUUUGUUAAAGGGCACAUUCAAUGCAGCUGUGGUAAGUUAAAAUAGAUGCAGAUACCAUCAUCAAAACUAAAUUAAAACUAAACCUUUUAUAGUUAUUUUACCAGGUAAAUCCACGUGACCACGAGGAGUGACAUGCAAUCUCCAAAUAUACAACAGGUGUCGGUGUCGGGAUCGAAACCACGACCUCCUGUAUACCAGGCGAGGAAGUUAACAUCUCACCACCGUGAUAUUUUGUUACGUAACAGAUGCACGGCAGAGUGGGCUUCUUCUGGGCGCGAUAGCAAGUAGUCCAUGGGCCAGAGCAGAUGUCGGUACCACCUAAUGUAGCAAAACCUUAGCUGUAACAAUGUAUUAAUGGCAAAUGAGUGGAUUAUUUGAUAAUAGUAGACAAUUACUUUAUUAGUAAACAUGUCGCUUGAUAACCCACUCAUUUUAAAUGGUCGUAAUUCACCGUCAUUGGUCACGUAAAGAAAUUGGAGCCGAUAAAGUUACGCCACCUCAGGUGGUACUGACAAGUGAAAUAUCUGGCCUAGGCUCAUGGACAAAAAAGCAGUUAAAUGUCGGCCUCAGACUCGCUCAGUAUGAGUAGUUUGGGCAGCAGGCUGUAACAGCCUGCUUCUUUCCACACAUCAGUAACUAACUUAACGGCUGGACGCAAGCAAUUAAUGCUUUUGUGGUUGCAUUGUCCUUGUACUGCUCGCAUUCUGGGUGUAGCACUGGUGAGAUGAUGCCACAAAGGAGGCCGUCUCUGGUGCAGGCCAAUCGGUUUCAAGGACUGCAUAUAUUAUCAAAGCAUAUUUGCGUUUUAUAGCACAAGAAUGUGUGGUCGCGCAUAUUACGAUGCCUGGCAAUGGGAGUCUGCUUGGGUGUCUUAACUUCUUAACACCUGUAGUUACACUCCUCCAGAGGUGUCGUCUCAAUACCCAUAUUCUCUGCUUCUGUAGAACCCAGAAGCACAAUUGCCAGCUUCAGUAAACGUUAAUAGAGUAUAAAUUAAGGAAUUUGCUAGAUCAGUAAACACUGGAUUACUAAUGCCUGUACAAAUGACUUUACAUUCCAAAAGCCAAACACUGCAACGUAGCUGUAAAACAUGAUGGCAUAUUUUAGUUUAUGCUAAAGUAUGACAAUUCUUUUUUUUAAAGCUGUGCUCUUGUGGAAUACUUUAAUGUUGACAGCAGUGCACGACUUAUUCAACUUUUCCCAAUGUGCCAUUGCCCAUCAUCAUGAGUCGCUCGAAGCGGUCGGUCGUAGGAAAGGAGGUGGAGGCGGCCGCGAUUGGGGUUCAUCUUUACGUCGGUGCUUUCGUCACCCUCCGCAGGGAAAUGGCGCAAAAAAUAUCGCGGGGAGGGGAAUUUGUCCAGAUGAUUGCCGAUGGAAUCGCGGACUCAACAACGCAAGUUGUGCACGCACGAGACUCUCUCAAAGGAUCGGCACUGUAAUUGUAUUUAAAGUUGGCAGCAUUUUUAAAUCCUUUAUAUUAACUUCACUUGCUUGCUUGCUUAGGACCGUGCAAAUCUUUCGGUGGUUUUUUAACCCACUUCCCAUGAUCCAAUCGAGCUGACAUUUUCCACACAGACUCGUUGUGCGUGACAAUUAAUGUUCGUGAAAAUUUUUUUUCCAAAAUUGUACACUUUUUAGGACAAAAAUAUUAUAUUUAAUUACCAAUUGCUUAAUGCUGCCAUGCAAUCAUCUGACCCAUAGGUGGCAGCCAUCUCAAGCCAGAGGACGAGAGGACUCUAGCCGCCACGCAUAUAAAGGAUUUGUAGUGAAAAACUUUGUUUUUACGGGUUAUACUUGUUAUCGCUCACCCUGCUUAUCAUUUAAGACAAAUGCUCGGAAACGCCAUGGGAAGGAACUUUCUGGGUUUUUGUUGUUGUUGAAUACUGCAAGUACAAAAUACUGGUCUCAUAUUUUGGCUUUGAAGCCGGCAGAAAAAGCCCAGAAACUCAGACACAUUCAAGUAACUUCAGAGAUUCCUAUGCCAUUACCAAAGUACAAAAUAACCACAAGUGAAAACAUUUCAAACCAGCCACAGCAAGCCAGGAUUCUUUGGUUCAUUGUAUCUGCCCUAUAAAAAUGACCUCAAACUGUAUGUUCAUUAUGUUCACAAAGACUAUUGGGGGCACUGUAUAUUUAAACAAAGGGUAGGUUUUCUUUUUUUACAAUCUUUUUAAAACAAGGCUACAAAUUUUGUUCUACUUUAUAACUUGAUAUGGAUAUUGGAUAUAAAAUACUUUUACAAAGAUGAUUACAAAGAAAUUAAAACAAAUUAUACAGUGGAAUUCAACAGGGUGGUUUUGGCUUCUAUUUGUACUUUUUACACUUAUCGUUUUAUCUUUAUCUAAUCGUACGAAAAAAAACUAAGCUAAGUGACAAUCCUAAAGGUCAGCCACGGUGACACGCAAGUGAUCCUUCAUAACCUCGUAGCUGAUUGGAUUCUUCCAAGAUAAAUAAAGAUUCUGAUGCCUAUGAGAAGCGUUUGUUUCCGAUGUCUACAGAGCAUACACACUGAGAUGUCAGCACGGACAACACAUGCAUUAAAGCUCAACGUUAAGUGGUUAUCAAAGUUAUCAAAACGCACUAAUAAAUAUUUUACAAGAUGCCACAUUUGCCCAAAAAGGUUUCCCAUUAAAAACAAUUCUCGCCUUAAAACAAAAAUAAAUCCGCAUUUUGUAUCAGGCUUGCAAACUGACCUUGUGUUUGCCUGUGCUAUAAAAACAUGAAAAUUGCAACUAUAAUUCGCACGCACAGUCGCAGAAGUUCGAAAGCACACGAGCGUGUGGAUGCUGUGAUUUAAAAUACGCACUCUCGUAAGGAUUAUCACAGUGCACAUUCUUCCAGGCCACCGUAGCGCAUUAAACAGAACCUUGGACUUGCACAACUUCACGUCUAAAAACACAGCCGGCUGUAUAAGGCACACAGAGGCUGCUUUGCUUUAUUGCAUCAAGCGAUGAACCAUUUCUUUCUCCGUGUAUGGACCGUACGUUGACCUUCUUUCGCACCGUACGUACCCAACCGUGCGAAUUGUAGGCGAGAAUGAUGGUUGCAGUGCAUCACAGACAAGAAUCCCUCAGCUGUCAUUUGUAUUGUAAUGAGUGUUGCAAGCUGAAAGCACAUCUUGCUUAUGUCCAUAUUUGCACCACUCCCACUAACCAAAGUCUCGUGUCCCACGUGUCUCAUUCAGUACUCAAAACACCACCGGCGUGGCAAUUCAAUAUUGCCCAUUAAUGUGGAACGGAAUCUUGCACAGUAACUCAAAAAGGCAGCUCAUGAACACAUGAAGAUGGAAACACAUUUUAAGACAAAUAGGGCAACUUAUUUAAGCCUGUGCUGAUGAUACACUAUCGAAGGCAAAGUCCACAGUUUGCUUGUAUUUAAUCAAUACUGCUGGAAUUAUGCACUCCUCAAUGCCUUGUGGCCAAUGGGAUUUGUAAAAACACUUUUUUUACGUGAAGACGACAUCACGUCUUAUACGUAGGCUUUCAUGAUCAAUGUUACGAUUCAUAAUGAGUUACGCUUGGGUUUGAUCACGUAGGUAUAAUGCCAAUCUUUAACUAUAACCCACCACCACAAGACAGAGCCAACCAAGUCAAUCUGUCACGUGAACAAAUAUGCCACUUGAUUCAGAAAACCGGAAUGUUGAAGAUAAAGCAAACAUUUUAGUUUUUUAGAUAAAAUUGUCAAAACUUUGCUUGCUUUUCAACAUUUCUCCGUUUGUGCCGGUACACCAAAUUAAUUGGUGCAUUUACCCGUGCGAUGCGUCAACUUUGACUUGACCGGCUCCGUCGGGUACAGCUGAAAGCGUGAAUUACAUCAGUGUCCGCUCCGUUUUUUUUGCGGCGCACUGUGGCAGCUAUUGCUCGCGGAACGUUCGAGGCGACUCGCUGGCUCGAUCGGACGCUGCUCCCGUCACACGAACGGGUUUAAUUGUCUUUUAUAUUAAACCCGAUCAUCUGAGAUUGGGAGAAAUCCGGUUUAACUGGUUCUAAAAAAAAAAAACCCCCGAUGCCUGCCGCUGGAAAAAUUGGGUUUUUUCCACCUAUGCCACUUUGGCUUCCAUAAUCACACGUGGAGACCAAAACAAGAGGGCUUCUUCGCCAAUUCAGGCAAAUUGCCCCCAGCGAAAAUCUCGCGGUACUCAAAUUGUAAACGUUGCGGGUUUACUCUCCAACACACCGGCGUGCUGAAGUAGCAACUAAUGGGCGCGUUUUGUUUACGUGACAAACCUUACUAAUUGGCUGCGUCAGGUGGUGGUGGGGGUGGUGGGUUUAAUGGCACAUUCAUAUUUACGCGAUCUAACCCAAAACACAUUUAUCAUGGAUAUUGGUCGCAAUAGUCCGUGUUAAGCAAACAAAAUCCCCCCGACAUUUUCAUAACAGCAAUGAAUAAUAUAGAUUUGUUUCAAUAUAAACACUGGUCAUAUGUCUGGCAUCAAUUUAGUCUGCAUUUAAUCUGCAUACAGCAUUUUCAGCUACACAAUACAUAGGCUAAGAUUAAUUACUACAAUUACCAGCAGACUUGACAGUCUGUUUUAAGUACGCGGCCGUGUAUGGCAAGCGUACGGAGAGAGUUUUGGGCUCACAGAGUUUGUCGCAUGAUGAUUUGUAAACUGCUCCACCUGUAUACGGCUAAAAAAUAUCAAUGCACGCUUAGGGAAAUGCAAUAAUUUUCUGUGGGGGUGAGCAGCAGAAGACAAUGGGAGGUAGCUUAUGAUGAAAGCGAGUUGCAUGGUUUAGUGUAUCGCAUUAAAAACAGAUUGCCUUGUUUACUAUUUAAUGAGGCUAUAUUUGCACGGCUGUUUCAAUUUCACCCAAUGUUCCGAUAUAUAGGUCACGUUUGAAUUUGUUGAUAUAGAUUUUAUUUAAAUUAGAUUACAUCCCGCCUUUUAAAAAAUCGUUUUGCUUACAACAGCUGCUGGUGAUACGCAAAACACGAGUGUGUCAAUGUUCUUAUUAUAACUAACAUUAUUUUCUGAUUGUUGAUGCUUGUUUGACCAGGAAAUUUUCACCGAGUCCCAAGACUAUUUUCAGGAGGGUCCUACCGAAUAUUCGUAGCAGAGUGGGGGUGCGGGGGCGAUGUUACUGCUAUGUUAUAAUCACAAUUUCAGUAACUUGGAGGGUAAUUUUGCAGAAUUUGCAUAUUUGGCCUAUACCCCUUGCACUGUACGUAGUUUAAUCAUAAUUGGCUUCAUCAAGACAUGGGAGCAAUAUUUGAGCUGUAUUGGAGAGAACGCACCUUUUACAAUACGACCUCGAUAGUUUUACAACUACUGUGAGUAAGCAAACAUUUUUAAACAAAUGGUAACAUGUUCACGAUUAAAGUAGGUCCAAAUUCAUUGAAAAUGCCGUACGUUAUAUUUAGAUGACAUUAAAUACAUAAAAAAACAACCUCUUUAUUGAUGGGAGAUGCCAUUGGAGAUGUCAUUUUAACAAACGUGUUCAGAGCAAGAUUAUAUUCAAAGCCGAAAAAAAAACACAGUAAACUCGAUUAUCCGCGUGCGGUUUAGCCGAUCUGCGGAUUAACCGCGCACCUGAGAUUUUGAUAUCAAUUAAUAACUCGUGGAUUUUCCCUCAAGCCCAAAUUAAUAAUCUAAAAACAAUUAUACAAACAAGUCACGUGCUUAAACCGAACAAAUAUGUUGCUCCGGUUAAUCCGAAAUGCACGUGAUCGCCUCUACAGUACAGUAGUUGCAUAUUUUUUAUAACAGUGGGAGGAGUUUGAUUAAUAUUGAUUGGCAUGGCUCUGCUAUCCACUUAGUGGGCCAAGUCGUCUGCACGGGAGCAAGAAAGUGUUAUCACUGAGCACGCGCAUCGAUUGGUCAAUCGUUAAUAUUCAUUCUUAAUUUAUACAUGUAUUAGUGGAUCUGUGGAAAAUAGAUAUUUUUGGAUUAUGCGCGAUUUAGAAUUAUCCGCAUCCGUCCUCCCCAUCAUUAACGUGGAUAAUCGAGUCGACUAAUUUCAAAUUACGGAGAUUAUUUCAAGCGGGAAUUUAGGAUACAGUACUGUAUUACAGUAAGUCCUUUUUGCAUGAAAAAUGAUAAAGGAACAUACUUUCUUUUUUAAACAAGCUUUACGGUGACUUGUAUUUACGGAUACUCACUCGGAGAUAUUACAGGGUAAAUUUUUCUUAUAAAAAGAGGCGAUUAUUUGAACGUUUCUAUGGCUUAUCGAUUAUUGUACGAUUUGUCCAUUCUCGUCGUGGCCCUCAUUCAGCAGUGGUUUGACGAAGGGCUGUACGUGUACGCACAGCCAUCGUCGUUCAUUACGAACCUUUUUGAUAUAAAGCGUUACACAGCGUGGUAUAAUAUCAUCAGCCAACGGCAACUGCAGAGCCAACUGGCAUAACCCCAUCAUUGUGCUAGGUAAAAAAUAUUUUAAAAAUGUGUUGCGGAACAUCAAAACCAUUCGAUUAAAUUUCAGGACUUUUUUGUGUGUGUGCGAAAUGCACACGUGAAUUGUUCGGAUUAACCAGAGCAACACAACAAUGAACCAUUCUCAACGAGCCUUAAAUUAUAUUAUUAAGAACGGCAUGUCCUUUGGGGUUCGAGCCCAGCGGGCUCCCUGAUUAAUACUGUGGUUGUGAUAACCAUAAUAACACUACACGCCAUCCGCUUCACAGUGCACGUUAGAAGACCCCCUGGAGUAAUUAGAACAAGUCUACGUGGCUCUUGUGUGCCGGUGUCAUGCUCCAAAUUUGCCAAAUUAGAACAAAAAUAUCCAAAAUUUACACCGAGCAAGUAUUCCCCCCCCCACGUCCCCCUCACCUCCACCUAAUGCCCAUUUGCAGGCUGAGCCACCUUGUGCCCAGAGACAUCUCCCACCAAGGGAAGCUCUUUAAAAUGAGACGUAAGGCGCAUAUCGCUGUCAGAUGCCCCUGCGAAGAGGCCCGCUCUGUCAAAAAAUCAAAUCGGUGUUAUGUAAAUAUGGGGUGGCAAUACAUUGUUUAGAUACCCAACUGAUUUCCGAUGCCCCUCUCUUACUUCCUACUCAACAGCUGAUUGAGUAUUGUGAAAGCGAUGGCUCCGUGUCGCACGGGGGGAUAGCGUUACGAGAUGAAACACGUGCGGAGAGAUUGGAAACAACAAUAAAAUGUUGUUUCCUCUCAUAUUGUCACCCGAUUAUUUUACCGGGACAUCUAUAACUUGUUCGCCCCGUACAUUAUUUAAAUUGCCUCCUGGUGUAAUUGUGCAGUACCGACUUCGUUUUUAAUGCCUAUAUUCAAAACUGUUGCCAGAAUGAGAUUCGCAUUGGCGCGAUUUCAC